ACUGGCCGGCGGGGUGCUGCACUUUGCAGGGCUUGUUGUUCUGUGCGUGCCGGCUGUUCCCGGUGCUCAUGGUUACCUGCAGCGGAAAGAACAGGGAGUGAGUCAGUGUUUUGGUGCAGGAUGGUUUUAAGGAAAAGGCUAAAACGGAGCCUCAGUGAAGAAGGUGCUGCUGGAGCCUGGUAGCCCACAUGAGAGUUAGCUUGUAACGUUAGCACAUGCUAGGCCUCGGUUCGUCCGGCUUGUUCUUUGGUUUGUGAACCAGAGCUGCUGCUGCUCUGAGCUUUUUUGUUCGCUGGGGUUUGUGUCCCUGUGUUUCAUCAGGCAGUGAAAUGAAGAGAGCGAACAGCUUCCAGAGGUUCAUGAACAGACGGGCCUCUGCUAACUGCCGCUACCAGCCGACCUGUUAUGAGCAUGCUGCAAACUGCUACACUCAUGCAUUCCUCAUCAUGCCGGCCUUUGUGGGCAUGGCAUUGCUGUACCGUCAGUCGGACAACCGCUGGGAGAGGAUCACUGCCUGGGUGUACGGGAUGGGCCUCUGCGCCCUCUUCCUGGUCUCCACUGUGUUUCACAUCAUCACCUGGAAGAAGAGCCACAUGAGGUCCAUGGAACAGUGUUUCCAUAUGUGUGACAGAGUGGUCAUCUAUUUCUUCAUCGCUGCCUCCUACACACCUUGGUUAAACCUGCGGGAACUCGGUCCUAUGGCCGCUCACAUGCGCUGGUUUGUGUGGCUCAUGGCUGCUGCUGGAACCAUCUACGUCUUCAACUAUCAUGAAAAGUACAAACUUGUCGAGCUGGCUUUCUAUCUGACGAUGGGCUUUUUCCCUGCAUUGGUCGUGACGUCCAUGACCAACACUGAGGGGCUUCAUGAACUUGCCUGCGGAGGACUCAUCUACUGCCUCGGCGUGUUCUUCUUCAAAAGCGACGGCGUCAUUCCCUUCGCCCACGCCAUCUGGCACGUGUUCGUGGCGCUGGCUGCCGCCGUGCACUACUACGCCAUCUGGAAAUACCUCUACAAGGCUCCCAGUGUCGACGCCCUCCUCGACUCGUGACCACGGCGUAGCCCGUUCUCCAGAGUAGUAGACGACUCCUCAACUGCCCACAGGAGCUGCAGCGACAGCUUAAAAAGUUUACGAAAAUAAUGACAGUGAAUUGUUUACUGUUUUCUAACAUGGAGAACAGAAUUUUUUCAGCGUCUCCUUUACGAACAAAAGCUACUUUAAAAGCGGUUUUGUACCUCAAUGUAGACAGCGAGGGAGGGGAUUUCUACUUUUUACUCUUAGUGUUAAUCUUGGCACAUUUAUGAGUAUUUGAGAUAUUUGAUAGUCGUCUUUUGUAAUACUUGAUGAAAGUCACAUUCCACAUGAUGGGUCGAAAACUGGAGAUUUCCUGAUUUUAGUUGGUGGUUUAAACACUGGGGAUUUGAGGUGCUAAGAAUCCUGGCUGGGUCUCAAAACAACCAUGAAUUACUAAAAUAAUACUUUGUUUUGAUGCUUUACUUUUGAGAAGAACAAACAUUUUCUUUCAUUUAACAAGCAAAGACAAAACUCUUUCCGAACACAAGCAGCUGUAAAGGAACUGAAGUUUGCAAAAGACAAUAGUUUAAAACUGGCAACAUUUUAUUUAAAUCUGGAACCAACGAGUCUGACCCGGUAAUUAAUGACAGCUUUAGAUUAUCUGCACCAAAAAUAUUUUUCAACACUUGCCCCCUAAAACCGCUUCUUCCUAAGUUGUGUACCAAGGAACGUGCAGCGGCCAUUUGUUUCCCAUUUUCAGUUUUUUUUUUUUUUUAGCGUAUAUUAAUCAUUUUCUAUUCAUUUUUCAGUCCAUCUGAUGCACAUACACACCCAUACGACUGCUGCUUCAUCUCUGACUUGUAAUCCUCAGUUUUCAGGGAACAGUCAAUCCUGGUAGUAUUUAGCCCCCCUGGCGAUGGAGUGGUGUCAGAUGCAGCAUUUCAGGAAGUGCGAAGGUGAAACCUUGUGGUUAGGUGGGAUUUUUGUUAAUGAGCCAAUUGAGAGAAAAAUAAUCUGUUCAGUUUGAUAAACCACAAAAGUUCCACUGUGUUUUUAAUGUGAACAGCGUGCUGUAGAGAGUGUGUGCAUGUGUGCGUGCACGACCUUUGUACUGUAGUCCAGUGUUACAUUUCCACUGAUUCUCUCUUUGAUUUGCACCACACGACAAAAGCUGUUUUAUUCUGAAGAUGACAAACCUCAUUCUUUUGUUUUGUAAAUUCACUAAAUGGCUCCUGAUAAAACCAUCUUUCUGUUGCUUUCCUCUUAGUGGAGCUGAAUGAUUCUUUUGUUUUUGUUUUGUUAUUGUGGCCCUUGUACUGAUUUCCUUAAACCACUGUGUUUUGUAAUAUUUGUAUAUUCUGAUUUGUUGUGUGAACCUGAUCCUGGCCUUUGCAGGGAAAAGAAACAAACUGCUUCUUGUAGUACCAGUGGCUGUUAAUGGUGCUGAAUAAUGAUCAUGAAUGCUCCUCCGCUGUAUCACCUUUCUAAUGUGACAAUAAAAAUCUUACUGCCCCACG